GCAUCGCUUACGGAAGUGAACUGAAGCGAGGUUUGAAACAGGGCAGAGAAUACCGCGACAAGAGUGCGGCAUAGCGUCGACGGCUGCCUGACAUUCGAAGGAGAAGGAAGACAAGGUAGAGGUGGCCGCUGGAAUGGCCGCCUCUUCGGGUGGCACCGGCAGCCAGUCGGGAUCGGCCCCGUCGAGCGUGUCAGCCCUGUCGCUGUCUGAGCGGUGCCGACGCAACAUCGAGAGCGAGUCAGAGUACGAGUCAUCCGAAUCCACAGCCGACGACUGGGUGCGCGCCUCCGACGGUCACGUGCCGAAGAACGCGCUCGUUGCGGGCCAGAACCUGAACGGCGAGUGCUUCUACGUGGGGCGCGUGAUGCUUCGGGGCAACCUGCUGCCGGGCAAGGUGCUUCCUUCGGCCAAGGUGUGCUUCGUUUCGCUCGAACAGAUCGAGUUCUCGUCCAACGUCUACGAGGUGCUCGUCAAGGCACCCUCGGUCAACUACCAAUGGGUACGCAUGGGCGGCUGCGUGAUGCCACGCAACGCGAUCCCGGCGGGGCGCAGCGCCACGGGCGAGCUCGUCUACAUCGGCCGACACGAGCACAAGGGCGAGCUGACACCCGGCAAGGUCAUACCGUCGCAGCGGUGCAUCUACAUCCCCUACCUGGGCAAGGAGAUCCGCUACCGCGACUUCGAGAUCCUCAUCCAGGGCGAGUACCCUUACUUCGAGCGGGCGAAAUGCAAGGGCAAGGACAAGGAGCAGCAAAUUCACGACGGACCCAGCUCGAGCGGCAGCAGGGAACUGUCACGGGGCACACCGCCGCCCUGAGCGUUCAGUACAGGGACUACUACGCGCACCCGCCACGCUUCACCCCAUUCCCUUCGCGAGCCGUUUCCUCGAGCGCCUUGAUAUCGCUAUAAAAUGUAAGCGCGGAUGGAAAAUGACUCACGGAGUGACGUUAAUGUUUUAAGUACAGCUGUGCCCAUUCCCGGGGGCGCAGGACCGGAUUUGGAAAUUUCGGAGCCCGGGGCUAACUGAACCCCCGGGACCACAAUGGUGAUGAUGACAACGAUAAUGACGCGGAAUUUCUCGAAACCUACAUGUUACGCGCAUAAAUCAGUGACGAAAUAUACGUAAUUUUUGUUCGUUCUGGCAACUCAUUUCCUGACUUCUUGUUAUGUGACGUAAACGUGGGCGUGUUCUAAUGGUCGCUCCACCAAAAAAUCCCAAUUAAUCCAAGUGCCACAUC